UAUUCAAUUUACGUACGGAGGAUGGGUGAAUAUGGAUCCAUCUCGUGCAGAGGUAAUCUAUGAAAGCGAUUAUGAAAUGCUACACGUGCCGUUUAAAACUCCAUAUUCAAAACCUCCUGUUUGCAUGUAUUCAAAUAUUUACGUAAGUUACCUAACUGUUAUCACCCCAUCCAAAGCUGGAGUAUCACUAACAAGAUAUUCUGAUGAUUCUACACCUGUUCCGUGGAUGGCCACAGGACCAUUUCCAGGCCUGUUUAACCAACUAGUGGCAAUGUUUUGCGUUGGAGAAAUUCCCUCUCAAAACUCUUUUAAAACGGCAGAUCAAUUUUCCAAUGUUGCGUCAUACAUAGGUCUUCCAUCGUUUUGGACGGUAUUCAAUGCUGACUUCGACGACAAUCUAGCAAUGGGUGCGUCUCUGAUGGUGUGCACGUGGAACGCGACAGAUCACGCGUUGGUCGGAUGCGACAGCUCGGAUCACAGCUACGGGGGAGUGGCCAACAUGGACAUACGAAAUGCAGAGCUGGAAGUUCUCGGAACGGUUCUUACAGUGUCCUUUAUCAAGAUCUACGCUAAAGUGCCUCACUGCUUUCUGUCAUUUAACCAACUGAAAGACUACCCGACGAUGUUGAAGGUGUAUAGCAAUGUCACAAGAAAUUCGGUUUCUUUCCGUCGUUAUGUCGACGACAUAAUCAUCCAGUGGAACGGAACCGAGCACGUUAUCCAUUCCAGGUUUACCUUGCUUUGUAUUGGCGCAAUGGCAUGGACUGCUUGAAUGUGGAAGUGAAACUUUAAUGGACAUGACCAGCUGCAACGAUACCGUAAGCUGAGACCCGUACUGGACUCAUUUGCAAUAGCAUACUUCUGUAGCGCGCAGAGAUGCAGAUUGAUAUAUGGAAUAGUAAGAAUUCUUGCGCUGUUGCCAGCAGUAUUGGCUAUAUACUAGAAUACGUGGAUAUUACUCUGCUCUUGCAUAGAAGUAACUUUGCAUUGUGCAACGCUAGCACGAAUAUUAAACAACAAUAAAAACAGA